CGGUCUUUCAAAUAUUCAUUAUUUAUUUAAUUAAAUGAUACUCUGGUAAAUAGGCGGUCUAGGGAAUCACUUUUAUUCAGAGUACAGAGACGCACUUGGUUUAAAGGAGUAGAACAGAGCAAACUGCAGUUGUCCUAGGAAACUGUCUAACGGGACCUCAAGGGUCAGCCAGCGGAUUAUAUGUAAUAUUUACAUAUAUGCAUUUUUAAUUAGAGGACGUUGAACUGCAUUUGCUGGCACUGUUGUGAAGCAAGCCGAAGACCAGUGCAGUGGUUGGGGAAAUAUUUAAAUUCUUAGCAAAUAUGCUCGUUACUCUGUUGGAGGCUGGUAGCAAUUUAAUAGAAAACGCAGUGGAAAAUGUUGGGAACAAUUUAGUGUCAAUGUUACUGGGUACCACUGCAUUUAUUCUAAGCAUAGCUUAUAUAUCAAAACAGCUAUUCAAGGAAGUACAGCACGAUAAGGAUGUGAAAUUCCCACCUUACAUUCCUUCUAGCAUACCCUUCCUUGGACAUGCAGUAGCAUUUGGAAAAAGUCCAAUAACAUUUUUGGAAAAUGCUUAUGACAAGUAUGGCCCUGUGUUUAGUUUCAACAUGGUGGGAAAGACGUUCACGUACCUUCUUGGCAGCGAUGCUGCAGCAUUACUCUUUAACAGCAAAAAUGAAGAUCUGAAUGCAGAGGAAGUCUAUUCAAAGCUGACAACACCGGUGUUUGGAAAGGGAGUUGCUUAUGAUGUACCCAACCUACUAUUUUUAGAGCAGAAAAAGAUGCUAAAAACUGGACUAAACAUUGCACAGUUUAAACAACACGUGACCCUGAUCGAAGAUGAAACAAAGGAAUACUUCAAACGGUGGGGAGACAGUGGAGAAAGAAAUUUAUUUGAGGCUCUGUCUGAACUGAUCAUUUUGACAGCAAGCCGAUGUCUCCAUGGUGUGGAGAUCCGGAGUUUGCUUAAUGAGAAGGUGGCACAGCUAUAUGCUGACCUGGAUGGUGGAUUUACCCAUGCUGCUUGGCUUUUACCAGGAUGGCUUCCUUUACCCAGUUUCAGACGCAGAGACAGAGCACACAAAGAAAUCAAAAACAUCUUCUACAAGGUGAUUGAGAAAAGAAGAGUAUCUGGGGAAAGAAAUGAUGACAUGCUACAGACCUUACUGGAUGCAACUUACAAAGAUGGACGCCCUCUAACCGAUGAUGAGAUUGCUGGAAUGUUGAUUGGCCUCCUACUAGCUGGACAGCACACGUCUUCUACCACUAGUGCAUGGCUGGGAUUCUUCCUGGCUAAAGACAAAGCACUACAGGAAAGAUGUUACAGUGAACAAAAAGCCAUUUGUGGAGAGGGCCUUGCACCUAUCAGCUAUGACCAGGUGAAGGAGAUGAACUUGUUAGAUUGCUGUUUGAAGGAAACAUUAAGACUUCGUCCUCCAAUAAUGACAAUGAUGCGGAUGGCUAAAACCCCCCAGACUGUUGCAGGUUACACUAUUCCCCCUGGCCACCAAGUAUGCGUGUCACCUACUGUUAACCAUAGGCUGCGAGAUGCCUGGUUUGAGAGAUUCGAUUUCAUUCCUGACCGCUAUCUCCAGGACAGUCCAGCAAUAACAGAAAAGUUUGCAUACAUACCUUUUGGUGCUGGUCGCCAUCGCUGUAUUGGUGAGAAUUUUGCCUAUGUACAGAUUAAAACUAUCUGGUCUACUUUGCUUCGCUUAUAUGAAUUUGACCUAAUUGACGGGUACUUCCCAACAGUAAAUUACACAACUAUGAUUCAUACACCUAAUAAUCCGAUUAUCCAUUAUAAGAGGAGGAUAUGAUGAGCAACUUGAAAAGACUGUUGUAUUUUCUCAUGUACUGUUUGGAAAUUAACAUUGCUGGUACACACAGUCACAAGGGUACUAAAACUGGUCCCCCUUGCUUGGAUUGCGGGAGGAAGGGACCCCUUGGACCAGCCUACCUAACCUGUUAAUAAAUGUGUACAUAAAUGCAGUAACAGCAACACUCAGUUGCAUAUUUCAUUUAAAAGGACAUUUCUGUAGAGGGUUAUCUAAAAUGCAAGCAAAUGAUAAUUUCGGACAAAAGAAACAAUGUUCUUUAUAGGUGAAGUAAUGCUUUAUUGUAUUUGUUUAUCCCCGUCUGUUUUCAUUCUUUAUUUUCUGGUAGAGGAAACCACUUCAUAGCCAUGUUAUGAAAAUAACUGAAAUGUUUCAACGGAACAGUAGCGGAUCCAUCAUAUAUCACGUUUAGUGAGCAUAUAGUGAUCUAUAGUCUUGAUUCAUUUGUAAAUACUUUUCCUUUUAUGUGCACACAUGUGGAAACACUUCAGUUACACUAACAUAAUGGUUAGAUUAGGCUUUGUGCAGUAAGACAAAACUUGUAAACUAAUGAGUUUUGACACUUUCGGAAAUGUGAGUUAGUACAGAGUCCCUCAAACCUUUCUUUGUUUAAGGCUGAAUAAUAAACUGAGACCAAACACCA